AGAGAGAUACAGAAGGAUGGCUAGAAACUCGCUUCUCCGCCCUUCUCUCCUUCGUUCUCUCCUACGGCACCAAAGACAAUCGCCAACACCAGCUUUCUCUUCAAAUCCCUCUUUUCAUUUCUUCCCUAACAACAUCCCAGCAACCCCAGACACAGUUUCCCCUCCAUUGCCCGCCAAGUCCUCCUUCUCCGUUGACACCUCUCGCCAAUUCUCAAACUUCCAUCACCCUUGCCGAUCCUUUUGUUCAUCCACAGGUCCUUCGAACAUUGUUGUUGUUAAAUCCCCAGAAGAGUUCAAAAAUUCAUUUCAGAAGGUUCAGGAUGACCGAUUGCCUGCAAUUCUCUACUUUACGGCAACAUGGUGUGGUCCUUGCAAGUUCAUAUCUCCUAUCAUUGAAGAACUGAGCAAAAAAUUCCCUCAUGUUACGACGUAUAAGAUUGAUAUUGAUCUGGAGGGCCUUGGGGAUGCAUUAAGCAAGUUGAAGAUUUACUCUGUGCCAACAUUCCACUUCUUCCAGAAUGGGACAAAGGCUACUGAAGUAGUUGGUGCUGAUGCUGCGAGUUUGAAGGCUACCAUGGAAGAUCUCUAUAAGAAGGAGUAGGCGCCAAGGUGGAGGAGACUGGAACAUAUACUUUAGUUGGAGGAAUCGAUUACCAGAGAAGAGGAAUAAUUGGUGAGGACAACCUGGUACAAGAAGAAAUGAAAAAAGAAAUAAUUUGAAAGUUACAAAGAUGUUGGUUUACAUGAAGUGCUUUGUACUUCGUUUUGUGGAAAGCAUUUAUAGAUUUUUUUUACUCUCCAAAAAUUUGUUUGUUCU